UUCAAGAGAAGAUGGCUGAAAAUGAAAUUGAGGAAAUGUUAAAUCACCUAAGAAGGAUCAAGAGUGGAGGUAAUCUGGAUAGCACCAAGAUUGAUCAAAUUAAGGGACUUGAAAUGAUGCUAAGAAUUUUGAGAACCUUUAUAAAGUAUCAUCAUGUUCUUUUUCGUGAGUCCUUAGUCAAACACACAAAGAAUGCCAAAUCGACUAUGGCAGUGCUUCACCGGGUAUUGGAUGGGAUUCCAGAUGAAUGUAAAACUAACCUUAAUCUAGAAAGGCUAGAAUCACAUUUGUUGGAAUUCUUGGAACGUAAUACCAUUUUAAGUUACAAUUAUGAGUUGAAUGAUUUUGAUAUGUUAGAAUGUAUGGAUUACGCCGGAAAGAAUCUAAAUGAUGUACUGUUGUUCGGCCUGGAAAGGGCUAGGUCUGACCCUCCUGAAGAAAACCAUGAAAUACACAGAUUUUUAAAGGAACUGAAAGUUGUUCAAAAGAAACUGAGAUUUUUGACAUAUUUAUAUGCUACAGAGAUAAAUGGUUACGUCAACCAUGAGAAGCUGGAAUGUUUGGAGACUCGAAUUCAGUUCAUGGCUAACAAUGUGGGACAUUUGUGUCUUGCUUUGUCUAAUCUUGUAAAUGAUAUAGAUGAGGAUGAGGAUGUGGAUGAGUAUGAGGAUCUCUUGAAUACACCUCCUUAUCUAUUAUUCUUGAUUGUGUUAGUGGAGCUGGAAAUGAAGAAGAUUUUUCUUAGUGAACUAAAGGCUUCAAAGUUUACUAAUUCAAGAACUUUCAAAGACAAGAAAUUACCAAAAGGAUUUUCUCAUCAUCUCCACAAAUUGUUAAUAUAUCUCAGAAAAGAAAAGCUCGAAAACUUUCCUGAUGAUGUCUCUGCUCAAAAUAUUGAUGUGGCAAUAGAGUUCUUGUUGGUGUUCCUUGAUGCUGAUGUGUCAAAUCAUGUUAUUAAUGGUAACGGGUUGAAUGAGGUUAUGGAAAAAGUUGGAGUUAUAGCAGGUUAUGCUCUAUAUGUCAUAGAAAAGCUUCUUCCUAGCUCUAUAAACAAAGAUGACACUAGCAAAAUAAGUCGUUGCUCGAUACAGAUAUUGGAGAAAACUGAAGAUCUGAAGGCACAAGUGGAAACUUACUACAAAUCCUUAACGUUUACUCCAUCUCAGCUUCCUACUGUUGGUGGAUGGACCUUUCUGGAUUCUAUUAUACGGAAACUGAAUGAGAUGUCGAAAUGUAAAUUUAGUUUAGAUUUCCUGAUGAAAUCUCUUUUGGGGAAUUUGGAGAAAGAGCUAUCAACUCUUACAUCCAUUUUAGAGAAGGAUCUGUCAUCUUUAUCAUCCAUUUUCAGAGAUGUUGUCGAGGUGCACCAUGAACAUGAAAUUCUUCAAGAUCUUCACAGGCGUACUAUCAAUUUGGCACAUGAAGCUGAAGUUGCCAUUGACUCUAUUCUUGCUCACAACAAUCUGUUUUGGCAUAUUUUUUGCUCACUUCCUACAAUCUUAAAAGAGAUCAAGCAAAUUAAUGUGCAGGUGACUGAGAUGUGGUCAGCAGACGUUGCUCUCAAGCCUUGCUAUGUGGUAGCACCAUUUAAACACCUGCCAAUUCGACAUAGCAAUCCAGUGACUGAUGAGGAGAUAGUGGGUUUUGGGAAUGACACAGAAAAAAUGAUUCAGUAUCUGAUUAGAGGUAAAAAUGAGCUAGACGUCAUCCCAAUUGUAGGCAUGGGGGGACAAGGGAAAACGACAAUUGCUAGAAAGGUGUACAAUAGUGACAACAUUGUUUCUCAUUUUGAUGUUCGAGCAUGGUGCAUCGUUUCCCAAACAUAUAACCGGAGAAAGCUAUUACAAGAGAUUUUGAGUCAAGUUACCGGUUCCAUGGACGAGGGAGACAAGGAUGACAUUCUUGCUGAUGAGUUGAGGAAAAGCUUAAUGGGCAAGAGAUAUCUCAUUGUAUUGGAUGAUAUGUGGGAUUGUAUGGCAUGGGAUGACUUAAGGCUUUCCUUUCCAGAUUUUGGAAUUAGAAGCAGAAUAGUAGUAACAACUCGACUUCAGAAAGUGGGUGAACAAGUCAAGUACCAUACUGAUCCUUAUUCUCUUCCAUUCCUCACAAAAGAAGAGAGUUGUGAAUUGUUGCAGAAAAAAGUGUUUCAAAAGGAAUAUUUCCCGCCUGAACUACAAGACGUGAGUCAAGCAGUUGCAGAAAAAUGCAAAGGACUGCCCUUAGUGGUUGUCUUGGUAGCUGGAAUAAUCAAAAAAAAGGAAAAUGGAAGAAUCUUGGUGGAAUGAGGUGAAAGAUUCUUUAUUUGACCAUCUUGAUUGUGA